UUCUUUUAUUUGUAUCAUUUCGCCUUCUAUGCGUACCAUUAUCGCUUCAGUGGACAAAAUCGUAGUUUAGCGCUGGUCUCAUCUUGGCUAUUUAUUCAGCAUUCAAUGUUCUACUUCUUCCACCACUACGAACUGCCCGUCAUACUGCAACAGGCGCAAGUGCUUAUCGUUACGAGGAACAAUCAAAACAACAUUGGAGGAAAUUUAUUGCAAGGCGAUCAAGGACAGGAAAGAACUAUCAUUUUAAAUCGUUUGCUUCGGCGGCAAUUUGCUCUACUGCAGCAACGCGACCAACCAGAACGUGGAAUUUCCUUUGUUCGCAGAUUACAGGCGACAUUGCGACGUAUGUUUAUUGUGUUCGGCUGGAUGGCACCACAGCGUAUCAAUUGGGGUAUACUUCGUAUUGAUCCAGCUAAUUUGGGCAAUGUUGCUACCGUGAGAGUAGUUGUAGCAAAUAGCGUGGGAAAUAUCAUAGGAACAGCCAAUUUGCAAAAUCCUGCUAAUAUUGGAAAUGUUGGCGGUGGCACUGGUGGCAGUGGUGGCAACAACGUCAAUGCAGCUAGAUCAUCUGCACCCGCCACAUCCACCAGUACUAAUAACUCUUCAACAACAACAGCCACAACAAGAGCAAAUACUGAAACAAUGUUAACCACAAAUUCCGCAACAAUUGUAAAUGCAGAUUUUGUUAGCGUAACAGCAGCAGCAACAUCACCACCAACAACUACAACAACAGCAUCACCCAAGCAAACUGCAACCAAUUUCACCGCUACCACAUCAUCAGAUGUCGAAACAAAUCACGGGGAUGAACGUCAAAACACAGCAUCCGCAAAUAAUUCAGCAAAAAUAUCGGAAAAUGUACAAAACAAUCAAAUGGGAAAUGUUAUACCAGAGGAGCAGAAGGAGCAACAACUACAACAACAAAAGUCGCUGUCGCAACAACAAGUUCAAAUUCAUGGCACGCUAUACUUAACAAACGAAGAUAAAUCAGGUGGUGCUAAUAGUAAAGGAGAGGAAGGUGAUGCAAACUCAACUACAACAGCAGUCAAGCCAGCAUCAGCUGAAACUGUCAAAACUCCUAAUAAAAAUGAUGAAUACAACCAAAAUAUUUGGCAAUUAGAAACUAAAUCGUAUACAAAAGACCAGCCACGGCAAGAGCAAAAGCAAGAGCAGAAGCAACAACAACAGCAAACUGGCGAACACUGUCAAAUGCAGGUGGCAUCAGGUGUGAAAAAGGAGUGCUUAGAAGGCUUUCCGAAGUCUGAUGCUGAUACGCUUAAAGCAGCAUGUCAAAUACUUAAAAAUGACCACGAGAAAAUCGAGAGAACUCAGGCAACACAAAAACUUAACCAACCCACAUUAAUAAGCUUAGCAGAUACACCAGCGGCAACAAGGCAGCAAUUAGCAAAUAUCCAAACAUCAACAACAAUUGCAGCUGAAACGGAGGCAUCUAGAAAACUAUCAGCAGGAACAGGGCAAAAUGAAAACUUUGUCAUGAUUGAUGAUGGCAAUACAAAUGAUUACAAAGCUAAAGACAGUACCAACUCAGCAACAACACCAUCAAUAGCCGUCACACCAACAACAUCAGCAACAACAACCACAACUACAGAAGCAGCAACAGAAACAGCAGCAGCAGGAGCAGCAACAUCAAAUUCAACCACGAAUAGCAGUCAAAAUAAUGACAACAACAAAUUACUAACUAAUUUCCACAGUUCAACAUAAAAUGUUCACCAAUGAAAAAUAAAAAAUAUUAAAUAAAACAAUAACACAGUCUUAUUGUAUUCCAAUGAUAUCUUAAAAAAUUUUAUACUUAUACGUGUGUGAAUACUAAAAUAUUAUAUACAAAAAUACAUAUACCCUAUACCCAAUUAUUGAGAAGGGGUAAAUUUGUAAAAAUUUAAUUUAAAAAACAAAAAAACACGUUAAAUGCAAGUUGAAU